CGGCGGCGUUAAGAUGGCGGCGGCAGCGGUAGCAGCUGCGGCUGCAGCGGCCGCGGCUGCAUCUCUUCAGGUGCUCGAGAUGGAAAGCAUGGAGACGGCUGCCGCCGGCUCGGCAGGGCUGGCAGCCGAAGUCAGAGGCAGCGGCACGGUGGACUUCGGGCCUGGGCCUGGAAUAUCUGCAAUGGAGGCGAGCGGGGGAGAUCCCGGCCCGGAGGCCGAGGACUUCGAGUGCAGCUCUCACUGCUCGGAGCUGUCCUGGAGACAGAAUGAGCAGCGACGCCAAGGCCUCUUCUGCGACAUUACCUUGUGCUUCGGCGGUGCUGGAGGCCGCGAGUUCCGGGCUCACCGCUCGGUGCUGGCCGCCGCCACCGAGUACUUCACGCCCUUACUCUCGGGCCAGUUUUCCGAGUCCCGCUCGGGCCGAGUGGAGAUGCGCAAGUGGAGCUCGGAGCCCGGGCCCGAGCCUGACACGGUGGAAGCUGUUAUCGAGUACAUGUACACCGGGAGGAUCCGCGUCAGCACCGGCAGUGUGCACGAGGUGUUAGAGUUAGCCGACAGGUUUUUAUUAAUUCGUUUAAAAGAAUUUUGUGGAGAAUUCCUCAAGAAAAAGCUUCAUCUUUCUAAUUGUGUGGCCAUUCAUAGUUUAGCUCACAUGUACACCCUGAGCCAGCUUGCUCUGAAAGCUGCCGAUAUGAUACGGAGAAAUUUCCACAAAGUAAUUCAAGAUGAAGAAUUUUACACUUUACCUUUCCAUCUCAUUCGAGACUGGCUUUCAGACUUGGAAAUUACGGUUGAUUCUGAAGAGGUGCUCUUUGAAACAGUUUUGAAAUGGGUUCAGAGAAAUGCUGAAGAGAGAGAGAGAUACUUUGAAGAACUUUUUAAGUUGCUGAGAUUGUCCCAGAUGAAGCCUACGUACCUUACUCGGCAUGUCAAACCAGAGAGGCUGGUGGCCAGUAAUGAAGUCUGCGUCAAGCUGGUGGCCGAUGCAGUGGAGAGGCACGCUCUGAGAGCCGAGAACAUACAGUCUGGCACGUUCCAGCACCCCACUUCUCAUGUCUCUCUGUUACCUCGCUACGGGCAAAACAUGGACGUGAUCAUGGUUAUUGGAGGCGUGUCAGAAGGGGGGGACUAUUUAAGUGAAUGUGUGGGAUAUUUUGUAGAUGAGGACAGAUGGGUAAACUUGCCUCAUAUUCAUAAUCACCUUGAUGGACAUGCAGUUGCAGUAACAGAAUCCUAUGUGUAUGUUGCUGGAUCAAUGGAACCAGGGUUUGCUAAAACUGUGGAAAGGUAUAACCCAAAUUUGAAUACGUGGGAACAUGUUUGUAGUCUGAUGACAAGAAAGCACUCUUUUGGGCUAACAGAAGUCAAAGGAAAGCUCUAUAGCAUUGGAGGACAUGGCAAUUUUAGUCCUGGCUUUAAAGAUGUGACUGUUUACAAUCCUGAGCUUGAUAAAUGGCACAACUUGGAAUCGGCACCAAAGAUUCUACGAGAUGUCAAAGCACUCGCCAUUGAAGACCGGUUUGUAUACAUUGCUGCCCGCACUCCUGUGGAUCGUGACACUGAAGACGGAUUAAAAGCCGUAAUUACUUGUUAUGAUACAGAGACUCGACAGUGGCAAGAUGUGGAAUCUUUACCACUUAUUGACAAUUACUGCUUUUUCCAGAUGUCUGUAGUUAAUUCAAACUUUUACCAGACAGCGUCAUGCUGUCCUAAGAGUUACUCUUUAGAAAAUGAAGAGGCGGUUCGAAAAAUUGCCAGCCAGAUAUCUGAUGAGAUCCUUGAAAGCUUACCUCCAGAAGUCCUGAGCAUUGAAGGAGCAGCCAUUUGCUAUUACAAAGAUGAUGUUUUCAUUAUUGGAGGUUGGAAAAACAGUGAUGAUAUUGACAAACAGUAUCGGAAAGAAGCCUACCGGUACUGUGCUGAGAGGAAGAGGUGGAUGCUGCUUCCUCCCAUGCCACAGCCUCGUUGUAGAGCCACUGCUUGCCACGUGAGAAUCCCGUACCGGUACUUGCACGGCACACAGAGGUAUCCUAUGCCUCAAAACUUAAUGUGGCAGAAGGACCGGAUCAGACAAAUGCAAGAAAUACAUCGGCAUGCCCUAAACAUGCGGCGAGUGCCAAGCUCUCAGAUCGAAUGCUAGGUUCUCUAGUAGGUGCAGCUUAAAACAGUUGUGUUUUCCUGAGGCUGAAGCUAUACAGACUGUUACUGGAAAAAGUGUCAAUAACUUAUUUUCUACCUGAACUAAUUUAUCACAAAUAAAGGAAAAGUAGUUAAAAACUGAAGAAUGGGAAACUCGAUUCCAUACGUGGUAACUUUUGUUAGCUUGCAA